AUGAAAAGAAAAAUCGAUCAACUUUUAAGCGUAUUCUCAAAAAAGAAGAAAAAGGAAGAAAAAUCAUCGGACGAACAAGCAAAUUCAUCAACAGGAAGCAAUGAAUUAAGAUUUGAAGCCAAUAAUUACGAGAGUUGUAUCGGAACACUUUGCGAUACGAAAAUUGUUUUGAAUAUCAUGAAGUUUUUGGAGGUGAAUGAAAUUUUGUUUAAUAUUUGUUGUACUUCUCAGAGUAAGGAUAAUAGUAGAGAGGAAUAUAAUUUGGAUAUUAAACCAUUAUAUUUGGUUUGCAAAUUUUGGUUCAAAAUUAUUCAAUCGGAGGAAUUUUCAAGAAAUUACUUGUUAAUUUAUCAUAAUUUGGUGAAUCAUCGAAGAAUUAAAUUGUUUAAUAUGAGUGAGAUGGAUCUUACAUUGGAAAAGAUUGAGAAUGUUUAUAAACAAGCUCGAUUGACUCUGAUUCAAGACGGAGACGAACCAAUUUCACAAGAUUUCUAUCAAAGAUUAAUGAUGCUGAGAGGAAGAUUGAUUCUUCACAAUUCGAAUGAAUAUUUGGAAUAUUUAACAAGAAAGGUUGCUGAUAUUACUAGGAGAAACAAGAUUACUGCCAAGAAGAAUGUUAAAGAUUGGACAGAACCUUUCGAUGAUUUGAACGAAUUUAUAGAAAUGAUUUCACAAAAUUCACAUAAUAAUCAUGCAAGAAUGAGUUUUGCAAGUAAUCUCUACACUCAAUUUCUCAAUUUAGGAUAUGCAGGAGAUUGUGAAAAUCCAAUUGAAGAUCCAGAAGUGCAACAAAUAUUCAAACAUUUAAGAAAGUGGAAACUCUCAUGUUUGAUAACACAGUCAUCAAGGGAAAUUUUGGAAAUGAGAUUUUCAAAUUCCUUGUUUUGUACCUUUGAAAAUGAUAAUUUGAGAGAAUAUGUUUUAUUCAGAGAUGAUGGAGAGCCUUUAAAGUUGACCUCUAACAAUGAAGGAAUUAUGAUUAAUGAAGUUUUCCUAUUGAAAGUUGUGGAGGAUAGAAAGGAAGGAGAGGACAUGUUCUAUCUCAACAAGUCAUUCCCAUACAAUGAUUUUCUAGGCUACACUCCAAACCAAGACGAAAAGGAAUUCAUUUUGAGCUUUUUCACAUUCUUUGCCACAAAUGGCCUUGUUUCUAAUGGUGAUGAAGAUGAAAGUGAUUAA